AUGGUCGUAUGCCAGUUCUUCCUGAGAGGAACAUGCAAAUUUGGUGACCAGUGCCGGAACGAGCAUCGUGCUCAGCAGCCUUCGGGAUUUGGAAACCAGACAUGGACAGCAUCGAAGGCUGCAGAGUCGAGCUACCCUUUCAAUGAAACAUCAAUGUUAAAUGACUUGACGUCCAUGAAGGACAAACCAUUGUGGCCGCUAUCAUCCUAUGGCGCGGCGAAGUACGAACCGAAUCUCAUCACGAGCCAGGAGGAAUCACCAGAAGAGCUGCGAGUGCGUGCAGUGACAACGCUGAAGGCCGGGAAUUCUGGUGAAUAUAUCAAAUACGAGACGGAGAAAAUAGCAGCUGCAGAACAGGUGUUUGCCAACGCUCGCAGGAAUAUUCAGGCGGCCUACAACCAAGCCGUAGAACUCAGCAAAACUGCCAAUGGUGCCGUUCUCGCUGGUCCCGCACCUGCUGCUGCGACUGCAAGUACAACAUCAGCAUUCGGUCAGCCUUCAGCGUUCGGUGGUGCCGCGACAUCUGCUUUCGGCGGGUCUGCGUUCGGCAAACCUGCGUUCGGACAGCCGGCAUUCGGCCAGAGCGCGUUUGGGAGUCAACCCGCCGCGCCGUCAGCGUUUGGUCAACCAUCAGCCUUUGGUCAGCCUUCCCAGCCUUCAUCCGCCUUUGGCCAGCCUUCUCAACCCCAAGCCACAUCCGUAUUUGGACAAACCUCGACCCCUCAGACCACAUCGUCGGUAUUUGGGCAGCCAGCGCCAACACAGCCUGCGUCGGCGUUUGGACAGCCACCAGUGGGGGCCACAUCUGUAUUCGGGCAACCUGCGCAAACGCAGUCGACAUCGGCUUUCGGUCAACCGUCACGACCUCCAACGACCUCAGCCUUUGGGCAGCCUGCGUUCGGUCAACCCUCCCAGCCCUCCACGACCUCGGCCUUCGGACAACCCUCCCAACCAGCCGCAACAUCUGCCUUUGGGCAGUCGUCUCUGAUCAAGCCCGCUACCGGUGCGUUCGGUGCGUUCGCCGGUAAUAACACGGCGAGUGCGUUUGGCGGCGGGGGGUUUUCCGCAUUUUCGGGCAAGCCGUCUGCGUUUGGUGCUGGGGCAAGUGGGGGCACCCCGAGCAACCCCACGAGGUCGGCUUUUGGACAGUCGGCUUUCUCGUCAGCGACUCCAGCGCAAGGACAAACUACAUCUGCGUUCGGAAACCCUGGAAGCGGGGCCGCCGCACCGUCAGCGUUUAGUGCUUUCGCUCAGCAGCCGCAACCGCAAACAGCGCCGGGAGGAGCAUUCAGUGCGUUUGCUCAAUCGACGUCCGCUUUCGCAAACUCGGGCGGCGCGUUUCGAACUCCAUCUAAUCCUGCAUCUGCAUUUGGAGCUCCAUCAAAUACGCCGACUACGCCAGCAAAGCCCGCACCGCCUGGACCGCCUGAUUUCGAACAUUUGCAGUCCCCGUAUAAACCCGGCGCGAGCCCCUAUGAUUCGCGUUUACCACCCAAUUACAUGGACAUGAUUCCCAAGGCCGCAUUGGAGGCGUUCAAGGCGAAGAGGUUUGAAUGGGGCAAGGUUCCGGAAUGGAUACCACCGAUAGAAUUGAGAUGA